UACAUGUUUCCAAAGGCGUCUUAAUAUGUUCAAUCAGAUGAGAUCAAAUCACGUCAAUUAUUUUCGUUACGACUCUAAAACAGUUACGAAAGAACCCCGGGUCGAUAUCUGAGGCUGUAGACAUGGACACUUAGUUAAUACCUUUUUUUAAUCGUGUAGAUACUUAAAAAAUACACCAUGGAAGUCCGCAAAGAUGUAGCUGUUGGCCAAGCAGUGACGUUUAGUGCCCAGGCUGCUUCUCAGAAACUACUGCUUAACAAUCAAGAUAAGCUGACUAUUUCGCCGCAGCUGACGCGUAAAGGCUCGUUUGUGGUGGUCAUCUCCAAGGAAAAGAUUGAUGGAGCAGGAGGUGGGUCCGCGACUGGAACUUAUUACAUCUCAGUGAAGAUCAUGAACAAGUCCGGCAAAAAUAUUGUUUUAAUGCCGAGCGACAACAACCCUCCUCAGGGCUUCCCUGUCAAGAAGGGCUUCAUGAUGUCCUUCACCAAACCGACCAACGGUAACUCUCCUAUAACUUUCAAGGUUGUGGAUCCGGCGUCGAACCAGUUGAUGAAAAUAAAUGGCAAAGAUGAUAUUGUACUAACACCAAGUUUAACCAAAGGUGCACCUACAACCUGCGAGAUUCUCGCUCCAGGAAUGUCACAAGGAGGACAGCAGUAUUACAUCACUGCUCGCUUCAUGAACAAGGCAGGACAAGACGUGAUAGUCAAGUCAAGUGACAACAACCCCGCUCAGGGCUGGAAGGUAAAGAAGGGCUUCAUGAUGGACAUCACCAAAGGUACCACGUCUGCUCAGCCAGUCACGCUCGCAGCGACAUCAACGGACGGCAAGACACCGCUGGCCGUCAAUGGCACGACGGAAAUGCAUAUAACACCACAUGCUACCAAGGGGAACACGAAAGACGUGGUGGUUCUUGGAACACAACUUUCAAGCAAGAAAAAAUCCCAAGUUCCCACUGCGAGGCAGCACAUCGCUGAGAAGCCUUCACUGUAUUACGUGACCCUAAAAGUCAGGAACCGCGCCGGCAAGAAGUCCAUCAUAGCGCCUAGUUACAAGGGGCUGAACGAGGGAUUCCACAUCAACAGUGGUGCCAUUAUGAAGAUCACGCGAGAGUUCCAGAGCUCUGAGCCCCUGCUGCUGAGGGCCUUCGAUCCCGAUUCGCACUCCGCGCUGAUGAUUAACAAUCGCAAGAGUAUUAUCGUAAAGCCCGCUAAGAUUAAAGAAAAAGUUACUGAUGUGGUGAUAUCUCCUUUGAAUGGGCCCUCAGGACCUGAAGAGCGUUACAUCACAUUGCUGUUACACAACAAGGUCGGCCGUGAGAUAAGAGUUCAACCGUCGAGAGGCCGCAAAGGAGGGUAUGUUGUUCCAAAAAAUGGUUUCUUGAAGGUGUCCAUGAUAUUCCCCAAGAGCGGGCCUCUCUCUCAGCCCGUCACAUUUGACGCUGAGGAUCUCGAGACUGAAAACGCCCUGGAGAUUAAUGGUGAAGUCAAAAAGAUUUCAAUUACUCCUGGAGAAUUUCAAGAUGAAGUGUUAAACAUGACCAUUACUGCCCCUGCCCCUAAAAUCAAGCCAGUACACUCCUGGUCUAUGAUAUUAGCAAAAGACAGCCGGCUCUCUGGCCUGCAACCUGCGUCAGCCGACAAACUCUCAGAAAAUAGCAUCAUAUUCCACGCAAGGCAUCCACACUCCACGCAGGAAAUCCCUGGGAACCCUGAUCUGAGAACACACGGAGAAAUGACAAUAAUAGAAGGAGGUUUAGCAUUUGAUGGACAGGAGUCGCAUGCUCUGGCCCAAAUCGCUUCGGACGACUGUGUGGUAAACACAGAGAAGUGCACGAAUGGGCUUUCAUUUGGUACAAAGCUCAAGUUUGACAAGGCGGAUGAGUCUGACGGGCCGCGAUAUAUUGUGGACACCGGUGCUCACAACCCACGCAUGCGCGGGUUUACCUUAUUCAAGCAGAAAGGCAAAUUAUUUGCGGUAGUUAGAAGUGCGGAUAGGGAAUGGACGGUCGAAAGCAGUGCCAGUGCACUUUUGAAUGACUGGGUGUACGUCAUGGUUACUUGGAGUAAACACGAUGGAAUGAAAAUGUUCUACAACUCGCAGCUACGAGUUCAUAAUACCACAGGGGAACCAGUCCCUAUGACCACUGUAGCCCCGUACAAGGACGACUUUGUGAUCGGUCGAGAGGUGGGAAAUAACGGUCCGUUUCACCCUGCCAAAGUUGAUAUUGCGUCUUUCACGACCUUCGCGGGACGUUUGUCACAAGAUGACGUCAACGCGGCCUAUAUCUUCUUCUGGAGUGGAUUGUCUGCUAAAAUCUAUUACGCUUCUUUGUGCGUCACAAACGAAGUGGGCCGAACAAUUGUUCUCAAGCCUGACAAGGGUAAUCCCCAGGGGUUUGAGAUCGUGCCUGACUCGACCCUGGAGGUGACAUUGAUGUCCAUGUCAACUGAUGGUGCGCCAAUCAAACCGGUUUACUUCAUCGCUGAAGACAAAGAAACUUUCACACAUCUGAAGAUCAACGAUUUUGACAAACCUUUUCCUGUGACGCCCAGAGAUGGAAGGAAACCUUGUAAAACGCUCAUCGUAACCGUGGCUCCACCGAAGUUACGUUACAAGAAAAUGUGGCCACUGCGCAAGGUGGAAAACGGUCGCCUUGUCGGAGACGAUCCCGUCCCUGAGGCCCACGGGGCUAUAGUUCCCUUGGAGGGAGGGCUGCUGUUAAACGGCAAUGACUCCUGGCUGGACAUGGGAAACUUUGAAGGCGAAUGUUUGAGCAAUCCUGACAAGUGUACGGCUGGUCUCACAUUCGGCAUCAGGUUCAAACUGGACGAUGCAGCUAAGAACUACAAGGACGAGCCUCAUUACAUUGUGGACAGCGGUGGCUCUAGUAAGGAGUCACGCGGUUUCACGCUUUUCGUGAAGGACGGCAAGUUAUACGCGGUAGUUUCCGUCCCUGAUGAAGUAUGGCGGGUUGAAUCAGAUUUCUCGUUCAAUGUAUGGCAGUAUGUGAUGGUAACCUGGGCACGAGAUAACGGUCUGGCGUUGUAUAUAAACGGUACAGAGAUCACCCGUGCGCUGGGGUACAUGCCUCAAGAAGGUGAUCACGACAAAGAUACAUAUACAAGGCUUGUUGUGGGACGUAAUGCGGCAGGGACGCCGUACGGUUACACCAGGAUGGUCGCUUCGUCUCUAGAGUUCUUUGAUGCGGAAGUUCCGGCGGAAAGCGCCAAGGAUGUAUUUUUGUACUUCUCCAGCAAUGUUGAAUCCUCCUCCUCAACUCGUUUCGUCAAAGUUCGCUUUGACAACAAAGCUGGUGCGCAAGUGAAAGUGAUCCCCAGCAAAGGACAGAACAAGAACGAGGGAUACACUGUGCAGCCUCACAUGACGUUAGACUUGAAUUUUGAAGAGAAAGGACAGCAAAAUGACAUUCCCAUUGAUUUUAAAGUCGAGAAUCCGUGGACGCCUGGGGACAAGCUUCUCGUGAAUGGUCAACAGGGUCCUGUUACAGUGGUACCCAGUCCUAACAAGGAUGACAUCAAGCUCGUCACGAUAACAGCAGCUUUCCGUUGUCUUCAGCCUGAGGGAUUGUUUAAAGAUCCCACCGACAUCACUCGCUACAUUCACUGUGAGAAGGGCGAACCACACACCAUGGUAUGUCCAGACGACAUGACCUGGGACGACACAAGGAAGUCAUGCUUUGGUCAAGCAGGUCGAGAGUCCACGCUCAACGAGUCAGUGUACUACUUUUACGUCAAAUUCACAAACAACGCUGGAAAAGAUGCCGAGAUCGUGAUCCCAGGAACAAAGAAGACAAACGCGAUUCCCUCUGGCAAAUCUCUCUCGCUGAAGUUCUCCAGGUUCAAGAUGGAGCCGGCGGACUUUGUCGCUCUUUCCAAACCGUUCAAGGAACCACUGUUCCUGAAUGACUUGCCGGUGAUGAACAUUAAACCUGAUUUGGACGUUGACAAGGUUGUGCCUGUCACCAUCACAAAUCCACCGUACUACUACACAAUCUCAACCAAGACAGGGAAUAAAUACCAGGCGAGUACGGACGGGAAGGUGUUUGUCCGUCUUACAGGUGAUCGGGGGUCCACCGACAAGAUACCGCUGACCUCCAAUCUUCCCGCUGGAACAAGACACUUCAAGACUGGACAGACCGACGCCUUCCGAGUAGCAGCUUCAGACAUCGGUUUAAUCACCAAAGUGUUUGUAGAGCUGUACAAUACUGGUCAAACAAAGAAGUGGUUCUUAGAAAAGAUUUCUGUCAAGGAUAUGAAAGGAAAAAUGUUCAACUUUCCUGUAAAGGACUGGAUAGACGCAAAAGAGGGUGUCUUCGCACAAGCGGAAUAUGCUCUCUCUUCGAAUGGCUUCCACGACGAGCCUAUAAAACCUCCAGUUAAACCAAACCCAUUUGGUCUAAGUGAUUGUGCCGAGCAAUGCCAACAUGGUGGAACAUGUGUACAGGGACAGUGUAUUUGUCCUUUGAAUUACGAGGGGGAACAUUGUGAAAACGCUGUAUGUUCCGUGUCCUGUUUUAACGGAGGUCAAUGCUCUGAUCCCGGCUUCAACAACUGCACUUGCCCAAAGGGUUAUACAGGCUCAUUAUGUCAAGCACCUAUCUGUGAUAACUACUGUGUCCACAAUGGUGAAUGUACUGAACCAGAGAGCUGUACUUGCCCUCCAGGGUACAGUGGCAAAAGAUGCGAGAUAUCUGCCUGUGUGCCAGACUGUCUAAAUGGUGGAACUUGUAACAAUGGUACUUGUCAAUGCGCUCUUGGCUACUCAGGCCCAACUUGUAGAAUUGGGAGCCUGUGCGCACUUCCCCCAGAUAAUGGCCCGUGUUUAGGGGACCUACAAGAUGCUCUGACUCCAGCCAAGAAAACUAGCCUGACACAGGCUUGUGUUAAUUAUUUAUCGGACAUACAGAGCAGUUGCUCGGUGAAAAACAGUUCAUCGAGCUUUGCGGAAUGUGAAAACAUUUGUGGUGGCGGUGCUCCCAUCUGCUCGAGUGUUUGGAAAAGUGAUAAAUGUGGGACAGAAGUUUUAAAGUAUUAUUUCAACCCUAGCACUAACAUGUGCGAGGCGUUUAAAUACUACAGCUGCCUCGGUAACGACAACAAGUUUGAUAGCAUACAACUCUGCCAGGAUGCUUGUGUUGCUCCAAAUGCAAGACGGAAGCGUGAAGAUUCCAACAAAACCCAUGCGUCCAGGACGAAUGGCCAUUAUAAAACGAUAGUUCAGAGAUUACACGACAUUGCAAGACAGUCUGCGAGAUGAGAAACGAACUGUACAUUAGAAGAGUGAGAUACAUACAAGUCUUAGAAUGGAUGACAGCAAAUUCUUUCUUGACAGCAGCAUUGCCAGACUCUAUCCAUAAGAAUGUUAGUUUGCUUCUCAGUUAAGGGUGCUUUCAAACCGCACUGGCGAAUGACUUUCCAUGAUUACAAUUAAUUCGUGGUGCAAGUGUUAUUCCGCGAACUCGAAACGGUGUGAGUUUCAUUCCAGUAAAGAAAUGUUACCUUCAUUCAUUAUAGUCUACCCCAUACUCGAUUCAUUUGAUUUCACAGCGAAAAUAUGUGAUUAUCCACCUUUGCACCGAUCACAUUUUUCUCAGAGUAAUGAACUUGAAAAGGAAAAGCAUAGCACAGAUUUUAAGGUCAGUUAGCAACUGUCACCCGUACAGCUUACUUUUCAAUCAAUCCUCGUGUUUUCCGAUGUUAUACGAAACAAUCGUCGCUCUUUUAAAGACUAGCCGUAAGCUUACAAUAUGCGUAUGCGUGUAUUAUUGAACAGGCCGUUCUCUUGGUGUUUUGUUCCUCAAAUAAGUUAUCUUAUCUUGAAUUAAAGAUCGGCGUGGGAGUUAUUUUGAUUUUGGAAAGAAAAAUAGAAGAUUUUUAGUAUUGUAUGUAUCGCUGAGUUGCGUCGAACUCGCUUUUGUACAUUUAAGUUUAGCCCUUCAAGUCCAAACCUUUACACCUAAGUUCUUCUUACCGACACUCAUACAUGUGUAUGAUAUAGCCAAGGAGAAUUUAGCGUUACACGAAGACUUGCCUGUUAUGACUCGCCAGCCUAAUCCAAUUUGGCACAGAACGGUGAAACUGUGGACUGAAAGGGUUAAAAAAAAAAAAGGAAUCUUAAAACAGAAAAGUUAGUAGAGCA